AUGAGGAGGUCUGUCCUUGCUGGCGAGAGACUGUCCUCUCCCUGGCUACAUCCGUCGCGACCUAGAGCAUCCGACAAGAAUCUCUACAACUCUCCACGACAACGGGCGCCGAAUGUCUCCUGCCGCACAAGACCAAUCUCUACCGCUAGGUUGUCUCCUCCCCAGCGAUUGGGCUCCCUUUGUCGUCAAUGGAAGCGCGAGACUUGCUCCGAGGACACUGUGCGCGGGUUCCAUAGUGGAAACAAGCACCUCUAUGCUGAUGUGGCCGGCGCACACGAAGAGGGCCCGGCGGAGGUCAUCUUUCCCACAUGGGAGUCGCCAGAGCAAGAGAGCGAAUAUGCGGAGAAGUUCUUUCGUGUCAUCGAAGAUGGCCAGCCGGAUCAAGUGAUGGCAGCCAUGACCGACCCACGGUCGGCGGGGCUGGUCGGGUCGCUACCCCAGACUGUCUUUGUUGAGGCGCUCCACCGACUCUCUCCCGCCCAUUUUGUGGAGCCCUUCCGCGACCUCCACCGUCCCUUGCACGCAUGGGCUAUUCUCACCAACGGCCUGAGGCGCGUCGAGGAGAUUUUCGAUGAGUAUGUGAAGAACCUAUUCACUAUCACCCGCUACAGGACAGCGAGUGGCCAUGGGCUGCAGUUGGCAGAGUUUACUCACCUGCUCAACUGUGCGCGCGCAAUGGGCAAUGGCGUCUUCGCGGAUCAGGUGUGGGACACUAUGAAGGUGAUGGACGUGGUUCCAGAUACGGUGUGCUAUAACCACUACAUGGAAACGAAGGUUUGGGAUCACUGCUAUACCGGAGACGAGGCCUAUCGGCUUCGCAUGAUUCCCAGAAAUUACAAGAAACGGCGCAGUGAUCCGCCCUCUCGGGGGUGGCAGGGCUAUGGGACAGCGCAAAGGAGUGUCCGAAAGUUGGUACUGCGUCUCUUCGACCAGAUGCAACAAGAGGGACACCUCGGUGAUGAGCGCACCUAUAUUAACAUGAUGUUAGCUGCCGCUCGAGUAGGCCAUAACUUGGGAAUGAAACAUGUGCUGAACGAAGUGUGGAACAUCAACGUGGAUGCGCUCAAAAUGGAGCCUGACAACUCGAAGCUACCACCCGCAACGGCCUACGACCCGUGGUCCGCUCUGUAUCCGACCGAGAACCUGCUGUUCGCCGUGGCCCAUGCCCUGGGAACGAACAACGAUAUUGCCGGUGCGAUACGAACAGUCCAGUUCAUCUCAUGGUCUUACCAGGUCCCGAUUCCCGCGAAGGUCUGGCACGAGCUGUUCGAGCGAGCAUACGUGCUCUCGCGAGAGCGAUUCUCGCAGAAUGAAACGGCCAAAAGCAAGGAGCGGACCGACCAGGCCAACACCAUCGGCCGAAUCUCCCUGGACCUCGUCCGGUCGGUGUUCGACACCAUGACCUCCGAGCCCUACAAUGUCACUCCAACAAUGCAAAACUGGCGGUUCAUGAUCAACGUCAGUAUUGAUAACGGCCGACUGGAGGAUUGCAAGGAUUAUAUCCAGGGUGCCUACGACCUCCUGGUCGAAACUCGGGCAAAGGAGGCAGAGGCACGCACCGUCGUGCUGAGGUGUCUGCGUCCAGCCCUCGAAGCCGCAAGAGAGCAAAUACGGCAAUCCGCCACCACACCAGACCCAGAGUUGUUCCAGUCUCCCAUCCUUGCCGAGGCCAUUCAAGCCUACGAAAUCAUCCGACUGCAAGUCUGGCAACAAGUCUACCUUUUCAAACGUGCCUUGUACAUCGCCGUCCGAGUCCAGAGCUGGAAUGACAUCUCCGACAAAGAGUGGCACUAUCAGGAACGGCCCAAAAUGCUCGAGGAAUGGGUGGAUUUCAUCCCCAGCAAGAUCCAGCUUUUCUACGGCGCGGAGACAGGCUUCAUCGAAAUGAAGGGCGCCAAGGGCUUCGGCAGCCGCUCCUUUCAAGUCGAGUCCAGAACCAUCCCCAUGAAGCGCCGGUCCGAUCAGAAAAAGCUGUUCUGCCCCGAAUCCCGUCUAGUUUGGUCCGAGGAAAGCAAAUGGGAUGACCUACUCGUGAGAUACCCGUUCCUAGAUAAGACGAUCGCCCCAGUGGACCGGCUGUUCGUGUUCCAGUUGCCCCUGUCGGACGAAUUCCACCAGGCUGUGAAGAAAUUGCGCGAUACCUGGACGGAAUAUCCCGCGGGUCAUGACUUGUCGACGGAGAAGAACCCGCACGGGGGGUUCUAUGGGCGGCUGGCGGCGCUGGAUAUGCUCAAACCCAGGCCGCGCAGCUUGUUCCUGCUGGACGACCAUUCUUGGGUUUAA